UCUGGGUCGCUCUCGCGGGGUUUCGCCCUCUUCCUAGGCCGUCACUGAGAAAGGACGGUGAGUGCGGCAGAGGCUGCGGACUUUCGUGUUUCUUUUAACCUUAUCAUCCUUUCCCUGAGCAAUGAAAUGGCAGUGUAUGAUGGCAGCGCAAGGUCUCUCCUCGAGUGUGGUACGCGCAGCGGGGCGCUACAAGCCGUCACGGGGGAGGAUUAAGACAGAUGAAAGGCCAUGUUUAGCACAAGCGCUAAAAUAGUGAAGCCGAAUGGCGAAAAGCCAGACGAGUUCGAGUCGGGUAUUUCCCAGGCUCUCUUGGAGCUGGAAAUGAACUCUGACCUUAAAGCUCAGUUAAGGGAACUUAACAUCACAGCAGCAAAGGAAAUAGAGGUUGGAGCUGGUAGAAAAGCAAUUAUCAUCUUUGUUCCAGUUCCUCAGCUGAAAUCCUUCCAGAAAAUCCAAGUAAGGCUAGUGCGCGAGUUGGAGAAGAAAUUUAGCGGCAAACAUGUUGUCUUCAUUGCUCAGCGAAGGAUUCUCCCCAAGCCAACAAGAAAAAGCCGCACAAAAAACAAGCAGAAGCGUCCUAGAAGUCGCACCCUGACUGCAGUACACGAUGCUAUUCUAGAAGACUUGGUCUACCCAAGUGAAAUUGUGGGCCGGAGAAUCCGCGUAAAAUUGGACGGCAGUCGGCUUAUCAAAGUCCAUUUGGACAAAGCACAACAGAACAAUGUUGAACACAAGGUAGUGGAGACAUUUUCUGGUGUCUACAAAAAACUCACAGGCAAAGAUGUGGUCUUUGAAUUCCCAGAGUUCCAGCUGUAAUGUGCAGAAUUGAAUAAUAAAAAAAAAAUACUCCUUGUUA